AUGGCCGAAAAGUUGGCCUCAGUAUGCCUUGAAAACCUGCAGCGCUCUUUCUCUUUCGGAGGCCGUCGGACCAUUCCUUCUGAAAUAGAAAUGGAAGCUCUCAUGGCUGGAAAAAGCUCUCGUCGAAUCGGCGUUAACCUGCCAGGAGAAGUGGAGAUCCCCAUAAAGAUCCGCAGCUUUAGCAUGGCUAGAGACGUCGUAAGUGAUGUCUGCAGUGAGAUGGCCAUUACAAACCCAGCUGAAGUGAAUGAAUUUGCCAUCAUUGCCAACCGAGAUAAAGAUGGCGUGGCGAGACCCCUCCACCCUGAAGAAUAUGUCUUUGACUUCCUUCUUGACGAUCUCUCCAUAAGUCUGUCCCUGAGGAGGGUCAUCUGGAGGAGCCCCCUGUCCUUCAACAAUGACCUCUACCUUGACUUCCACUACCAGCAGUUGUUGGAGCAGUACCUGAGCCAGCAGAUUCCUCUGGGCUCUGGGGGGGUGCAGCUGAUGGCAGAAGUGACUGCUCUUCAGAGAUUGGCAGAUGGACUCCAGAGUGCUCCGUCACUAGUGGAGCUGAGGCAGUAUGUGCCCACCCAGGAGCCCGAGGGGCAUCUGGAGGAGCUCCUCUCUCUGUGUGUGGAGCAGAUGUCACAACUACAGGGCCUCAGUUCUCAGGAAGCCAAGAUCCAGUUCAUCG